GAGCGAAGGACAAUGCAGGCAAGGGGACGGACGGUUACACCGCGUCUGCGCAGCCACGCGUUCACCUGCUUAUAAAUGUCCGUGAUGUGCCGAUGACGUCACCACUGCUGUCGGCUGCAUUACCGGGAGUGUCCUCGUCACAUCCACCGCGGCGUUACUGCAGCUCCGCCUCAGAGGUAAACAAACGUAGCAACGGUUGCCCUGACAACACGUCAACGCGCGUGACGCAGACCACACGUAUUACCAUGACGACAAACUCAUCCGCUAAUACAACCACGGGCGACGAGAGCGCCACCUUGUUGAAUCCCAUCCUCCACGACCGCCCGCAGCUGCACUGGUUCCUCAUCGUACUGCUUUUCGCCGAGGCGACGGCGACGUGCGUCGGCAACCUGUUCGUACUGCACGUCGUCAGGAGCGAGAAGCGGAAAGCCAAGCAGCACCUGUACGUCGCGAAUCUGGCGCUCGCCGACGCCGGCUUCGGCUUCACGGAAUUCUUCUACGCUGCGCAGAUGUCCGUGGGGUCCUGGCCCUUCGGCUCGCCGGCGUGUACGGCGUGGCUGAUCGCCGACACGGUGUUCGGCAACGCCGUCAUCUUCAUCGUGCUCGUCGUCGCCGUCGACCGCGUCAUGGCGGUGAUGAGACCUCAUCGCUACAGCGUCACGCUGACGCGCGCCAGCGUCGCCGCCAUGCUGGUUGCCUGGGCGACGGCGCUCGCUCGGAUGCUGCUUGUGAUAGACGUGUACACGGGAACGGGGCGUGCGGCGCGCACCUGCCGGCCUGACUGGUCGCGGCAGUCGCCGCGCAUGCAUCUAUACCUGCUCGUGCUGCUCUUCUACGUGCCGAUGGUCAUCAUUGCCGCCUGCUGUAUGAAGAUUGCAGCCGCCGUGCUCAUGUCGAGGAUCGGAAAGGUGAAGCGUGCGGCCGUGACGCCAGUCAACGUUGUCAACCGACCAGCUACCCUUAUACUGCCGGCGUCGGCUACAGGUCAGCUGACGUCACCUACAGGUCAAGCUGAACGUCACUACAGGUCAGUGACGUUCACCUACAGGUCAGUGACGUCGCUAAGGUCAAACCGACGACAAGGCAGCGCAGCAGAGCAGCGUCGUGCGGGAAGUGACAAAGAUUUUGAGGAGACAGAGGUGGCGUCUGACCAUGAUUUUUGA